AUAUCCAGAGGAGGGGACCAAAAUGGUGAAAGCUAUGGAAACCAUGCCCAUUUAGGAAUGACAUAGAAAGCUGGUAAUGUUUAGCCUGGAGAAGAGGAGGUUAAGGGGUGAUAUGAUAGUCCUGUUUAAAUAUUUGAUGGCAUACUGAAGAUGGAGCAAGUAUGUUUUAUGCAACUCUAGAGAGUACAACGUGAAGCAAUGGAUUCUUUUUUAACAUUAGGAUGAGCGUCUUAACAGUAAGAGCUGUUCAGUAGUGGUGGAACAGUUGGAGAUAUGUGAUUUUGAACUCUGCUGUUGGGAUGCCAGUUGUGAAACAGUUGGUCUGUAGCCUCCGGAUGGGUUUUUUACGUCACACGGCUGCCUCACCUCUCCCACAGCUGAGUUAAUUGAGUAUGAACUUUUUGUGCACUUUGAACUGAGUUUACAGCAACUGAGGGAAAGUGGGAGGGGAGUAGGAGAAAUAAACUUUUGGAGUUGUAUUUUUCUUUCAAUCAGGAAAGGAUCGGGAAAAGGAAAAUUUUAUGAAGUCACCUUUGGUGUUAUAAGAAACAAGAAAGCAUCUUGUGGAGACAGAGGAGUCUGGAAAUCACAAGUGUCAAAAACAAUGAGAAACCUGUCAAAGAUAAAGAACAACUAAUCUUCUGCUUCUCUUAGUGCAGAUAUUUUUCAACACUUGACCUCAUAGUAAAAUCACAAAGGGAAAGGAAAAGUGAAGUGUUUAGCCUAUGAGAAAAUACUGAAAAAUAAAUUGCAUUUAAGAGUCCACAUCACAGUCCAAAUGGGGGACAAAUCAUACAGAUGCACGGAAUGUGGAAAGAGCUUUCAUGUCAGUGGAAACUUGAAAGUACAUCAAAGAACCCACACAGGUGAGAAGCCAUAUAUAUGCAUGGAAUGUGGAAAGAGCUUCACUGUCAGUGGAAACUUGAAAGUACACCAAAGAACCCACACAGGGGAGAAGCCAUAUAAAUGCAUGGAAUGUGGAAAGAGCUUCUCUCUUGAUCACAGUUUACUUUCACACCAAAGAAUUCACACAGGGGAAAAGCCAUAUAAAUGCAUGGAAUGUGGAAAGAGCUUCAAUCAGAGUAGAAAUCUAUGGUCACAUAAAAAAAUUCAUGCAGAGGAGAAACCAUAUAAAUGCACAGAUUGUGGAAAGAGCUUCUUUUAUAGGCACAAUUUGCGUUUGCAUCAAAGAACCCACACAGGGGAGAAACCGUAUAAAUGUACAGAAUGUGGGGAAAGCUUCAGUAUGAGCAGUAGUGUCACUACACAUCGAAGAAUCCACACGGGGGAGAAACCAUAUGAAUGCAAGGAAUGUGGAAAGAGCUUCCGUGUUAAUGGAGCUCUGACAGCUCACAAAACAACCCAUACAGGAGAGAAACCAUAUAAAUGCUUGAAUUGUGGAAAGAGCUUCAGUAGGAAUGAACAUCUCCGUGCACAUCGGAGGACCCACACGGGGGAGAAACCAUAUAAAUGCAUAGAAUGUGGAAUGAGCUUCAGUGAUAGUGGCUCAUAUAGAAAACAUCAAAGAAUU